GGGGUGGCCGCUCUGUACGUGGCGGCGCUGCCCCCUUCCGUGCCCGGGGGAGAUUCCGGGGAGCUGAUCACAGCCGCCUAUGAGCUUGGAGUCGCUCAUCCCCCCGGCUACCCGCUAUUCACUCUUCUGGCUAAAUUGGCCAUCGUGCUGGUCCCUUUCGGUUCCGUCGCCCACCGCGUCCACCUCCUCUGUGCAUUUCUGGGGGCAGCUGCGGCAUCGCUUCUGUUUUACACGGUGGUCAGGCUUUCUGGCACGCAUGCCGCCGGAGUCUUUGCUGUGGGGAUGUUUUCUUUCUCGCGCCUCACAUGGCAGUGGUCCAUCACGGCCGAGGUUUUCAGCUUAAACAACCUCUUUGUGGGACUGCUGAUGGCUCUCUGUGUGCGCUUUGAGGAGGCGGCCACGGUGAAGGAGAGAUCGAAGAUCUGUAAAGUCGGUGCUUUCUGUUGCGGACUAAGCUUGUGCAACCAGCACACCAUUGUGAUCUACGUGCUCUGUGCUGUGCUGUGGGUUUCUUCUCGCUUGCUCAGAGAGAGGGAGUUGACCCUGGGCUACAUGCUUAAGCUGUGUUUCUGCUUCCUGGCGGGUUGCUCUCCUUAUCUCUACUUGCCUGCUUCUUCCUACCUCAACGAAGCCCGCUGGACGUGGGGAGACCAGACAAACCUGAAAGGAUUUAUGACCCAUCUUCUCCGGGAAGAGUACGGCACGUUCAAUCUGGCAAAAUCAGAAAAUGGCUCCAGUAUGGCUGAGACAUUGCUAUUCCAGGUGAGCCAGAUGAAGAUGGAGCUUUCGCCCGUCGUCCAAGCUUUGGCAGUGAUGGCCUGCUUCUGUGCCUCCGCCAGGCUAAAGAUGGAAAAGGCACAUUUGGUCUGGCUUUUUACUUCGAUGCUCUUGACGUACUCGCUUUUCUUUGCUUGGAGAGCAAAUCUGGAUAUUACAAAACCUCUCUUUAAAGGAGUGGUGGAGCGGUUCUGGAUGCAGAGCAAUGCUGUGGUGGCCGUACUAGGUGGCCUUGGCUUCGCCUCCCUCUUCUCUCUUGCUGAGUCUUUCGCAGAAAAUACCCGACUGGUUCAUGGCCUCCGUUGGCUCCUUGCUACUGCUCUCGUUACGGCACAGAUCUCCUCCAAUUACAGGGUCUGUGACCAAAGCCAUAACGAUGUUGUGGAGCGUUUUGCAAAGAACCUCCUCUUCUCCAUGCCUCCGGAUGCCAUCGUCUUGCUCCGAGGAGACCUGCCGGGCAAUGCGCUUCGUUACCUUCACUACUGCGAAGGAGUAAGACCCAACAUCACCUUAGUGGAUCAAGAGAUGAUGACUUACCCUUGGUACUUACCAAAGCUGGCGAAGCAUUUGCCCGGCGUCAUCUUCCCUGGUGACCGAUGGAAUCCCGUGGAGGCGCUGUUACCGGAUGGCACUGCCACGUUUAAUCUCCGUCAUUUUCUCAAAGUAAAUAAACACAAGGAAACCUUUGUCUGCAUCGGGCUUCACGAAGGUGACCCCACCUGGAAGAAAGACUAUUCUCUUUGGCCGUGGGGCUCUUGCGAUAAACUUGUCCCUUCAAGGGUUCCUUUUGAUCCCAGAGGCUGGAUCAGUCGUACCCAGAAUCUUUAUAACUGGAGCGAGGAGUAUGGGAGGUUUGAUCCCUCUUCGUGGGAAUCGGUGGCCAACGAAGAGAUGUGGCAAGCCAGGAUGAAAACAGCCUUCUUUAUCUUCAACCUUGCGGAAACUGCUUCUGUCUCUGCAGAGGUCAAAGCAGAACUUUACACCGCUGCUUACAGCUUGUACCAGGACAUGGUGGGCGCGAACGAGACUCACCCAGCAAACUGGCACAAGAACUAUGCCAUUGCUUGCGAGCGGAUGCUGCGUUUGCAACCCCAAAGAGAGGAUCCGGAAAAACUGCUGUCCGAAACCAUAAAGCAUUUCCUCCUUUAUACAGAAAAGGUGGCAGACGAUCCUCAGCACAGGCAGAUUUUGCAGGCUGUGAACCACCUGAAGAAAGAACUCCGGGACCUGAGAAGAAUAAAGAAAGGGAGAAGCGGACGGCAGACCUAGGAUGACUUUACAGGGAGCCACUUCCAGCAGAUGGAGGAGGAAAUGAGAGAGCGGCAAACCACCGGUUGAAAAAACUGGAGGGGAAAACAAUGAAAACCUCUUGCAGACUUGGGGGGUGGAUUCUGGGAGUUGUAGUCCAAUAAUAAUCUUGUGCCUUCGUGUCAAUUCGGGCUUACGGCAACCCUUUUUAUGGAUUCCCAGGUAGAGAAUACUCAGAAGGGAUUUCCCAUUCCCUUCUUCUG